AUGCGGGAGCUGGGGUCCAAACGGAAGGCUGAGGCUGAGGAACGCCACGAUGUGGACUGCCUCAUUGAAGAAGCAGCCAAAAUGGAGAAGAUCAAGUUUCAGCAUAUCGUGUCCAUCUACGGGGUAUGCAGGCAGCCCCUGGGCAUCGUGAUGGAGUUCAUGGCCAACGGCUCCCUGGAGAAGAUGGUGCCCACACACAGCCUCUCCUGGCUGCUCAAGUUCCGCAUCAUCCAUGAGACCAGUCUGGCCAUGAACUUUCUCCACAGCCUUAAGCCACCUCUGCUCCACCUGGACCUCAAACCAGGCAACAUCCUCCUGGACAGCAACAUGCAUGUCAAGAUUUCGGACUUCGGCCUAUCCAAGUGGAUGGAACAGUCAACCCAGAUGCAGUACAUCGAGAGGUCAGCUCUGCGGGGCACCCUCAGCUACAUCCCCCCUGAGAUGUUCUUGGAAAGUAACAAGGCCCCAGGGCCCAAGUACGAUGUGUACAGCUUCGGGAUUGUUGUCUGGGAGCUCCUCACUCAGAAGAAGCCGUAUUCAGGCUUCCACAUGGUGACCAUUGUCGUCCAAGUGGCCGCAGGCAUGCGGCCCUCCCUGCAGUCUGUCUCUGAUACAUGGCCGAGCGAGGCCCAGCAGAUGGUGAACCUGAUGAGGCGCUGUUGGGAUCAGGACCCCAAGAAGAGGCCCUCCUUUCCAGAAAUCACAGUUGAGACAGACAUGCUGCUGUUCCUGCUGCAGAGUCCCGUGGCAGACCCGGAGAGUGAGGCCCUGGCCAGGAAGGUGUCGGGCAAGCUGUCUCUGCACCGGCCUGGGGACGUCAGCAAAGAGGUCAGCCAGGAGCUAACGGACAACGACUGGGGAGACUACCUGAAGCGGGUCCUGCGGCUCUCGGACGGUGAGAACCCCGUCCCAAGCGGUGAGGAGCUGUGCACAUACGAGAACAAAGUCUCCCCCCUCCACUUCCUGGUGGUGCAGGGCAGCGUGGAGCAGGUGAGGCUGCUGCUGGCCCACGAGGUCGACGUGGACUGCCAGACGGCCUGCGGCUACACGCCCCUCCUCAUCGCCACCCAGGACCAGCAGCCUGAACUCUGCACCCUGCUCCUGGAGCACGGGGCCGAUGCCAACCUGGCGGAUGAAGACGGCUGGGCCCCCCUGCACUUCGCAGCCCAGAAUGGAGACGACCGCACCGCCCGCCUGCUCCUGGACCGCGGGGCCCACGUGGACGCCCAGGAGCACGAGGGCUGGACCCCGCUCCACCUGGCCGCACAGAACAACUUUGAAAAUGUGGCACGGCUUCUGGUCUCCCGUCAGGCCGACCCCAACCUGCAUGAGGCCGAGGGCAAGACCCCUCUCCACGUGGCCGCCUACUUUGGCCACGUCAGCCUGGUCAAGCUGCUGGCAGGCCAGGGGGCUGAGCUGGAUGCUCAGCAGAGAAACCUGAGGACGCCGCUACACCUGGCGGUGGAGCGAGGCAAAGUGAGGGCCAUCCAGCACCUGCUGAAGAGCGGGGCAGCUCCCGAUGCCCUUGACCGGAGUGGCUACAGCCCACUGCACAUGGCGGCCGCCAGGGGGAAGUACCUUAUCUGCAAGAUGCUGCUCAGGUACGGGGCCAGCCUCCAGCUGCCCACCCAGCAGGGCUGGACGCCCCUCCAUCUAGCAGCCUACAAGGGCCACUUGGAGGUCAUCCACCUGCUGGCUGAGAGCCAUGCAGAUCUGGGGGCUCCUGGGGGCAUGAAGUGGACGCCCCUGCACCUGGCCGCCCGCCACGGGGAGGAGGGGGUGGUGUUAGCACUGCUGCAGUGCGGGGCUGACCCCAAUGCCCCCGAGCAGUCGGGCUGGACACCCCUCCACCUGGCUGUCCAGCGGGGCUCCUUCCUGAGCGUCGUCAGCCUCCUGGAGCACAACGCCAAUGUCCAUGCCCGCAAUGAGGUGGGCUGGACUCCCGCCCACCUGGCCGCCCUCAAGGGCAAUGUGGCCAUCCUCAAAGUACUGGUCAAAGCCGGCGCCCAGCUGGACGUCCAGGACGGGGUGGGCUGCACGCCCCUGCAGCUGGCCCUCCGGAACCAAAAGCAGAACAUCGCUGCCUUCCUGGAGGGCAAGGAGCCCUCACUGGCCGUCCUGGGCGGUGCUGAGCCUGGAGCCCAGUCAGAAAUGUAG